AUGAUUUUAGAUGUUACAUAGAGAACUGAACCAUAUACAACUAAUUUUCGAGUAUCUAAGGAGUAACUGUGUUAAGUGGCUUAUGCAUGUUAAGAAAGGACAUUCACAGAAGAGAUAGAUCAAUUAGAAGAAUUGGGAGGACAAGAAUUUUUAGAGGUUUUAUAUAGUUUUAACUUUAGAUGGCUUUAUGCUCUAAUUAUAAGAAUGGAUUAUUAUUAAAUGAUGUAAGUUUGAGGGAACAGAAUUUUGGUCAUAAUCGUAAACCACUAAUUCUUCCAAAAUCUUAUUGUUAAUUAUUAUGGGGUGCUUUAGAAGAUUUUACUAUGAGGAUACUAUGUUUAGCUGCAUUAGUGAGUAUUGCAGUUGAUGUGGCUACUGCAUCAUCAGAUUAUCGUGCUUAUGCAUGGAUAGAGGGUAAAACUAUUGAAAUGUAAGAGUGUUAGGUUUUGCAAUUCUAGUGGCAGUUAUAAUAUCAACAAAUGCUAAUGCAAUUAAUGAUUAUUAAAAGGAGAAAUAGUUUCAAAAGUUAAAUGCAGUAGCAGAUGAACGAAAAAGAGUUACAGUAAUAAGAAAUGGAUAAAAAUGUGAUAUUCAUAUGAGUGAAGUAAUGGUUGGAGAUAUUGUAAUGAUAUUUGAAGGAAUGGAGAUACCAGCUGAUGGUCUAGUACUAGAAGCCUCAGAUCUAACAGCUGAUGAGUCAGCAAUGACAGGAGAAACUGAUCCCAUAAAAAAGAAUACAUUAACAUAUUGUUUAGCUAAAAGAAAUCAAACUGAUUCAGCUACAGCUGGACAUCAUGAAGUUCCAUCUCCUAUUAUGAUGAGUGGUACAAGAGUUUUAACAGGAGAAGGUAAAAUGAUUAUUUUAGUGGUUGGAGAUUUAUCAUGUGCAGGUAAAAUUAGUGCUUUACUUCGUUAAGAUGAACCAGAAGGUAAUUUUAAUAUAUUAGUAUAUUAGCUACUCCUUUGUAAGUCAAAUUAGCUGCAAUUGCUGAAGAUAUAGGUAGAUUUGGAUUGUACAGUGCAAUCUUAAUAGUUAUUGUUAUGUGUAUAAGAUUUGCAGUUGAAAAGGCAUAAAUUGAAUGGGAAAACAAAUAUAUUGUAGAGAUUGUCAAUUUCUUUAUUAUUGGAAUUACAGUUAUUGUAGUAGCCAUUCCUGAAGGAUUACCUUUGGCAGUAACACUCUCUUUAGCAUAUUCAACUAAAUAGAUGUUGAGAGAUUAAAAUUUAGUUAGGAAAAUGGCAGCAUGUGAAACUAUGGGAGGAGCAUCAAUGAUAUGUUCUGAUAAAACUGNAUAAUCGUAAACCACUAAUACUUCCAAAAUCUUAUUGUCAAUUAUUAUGGGGUGCUUUAGAAGACUUUACAAUGCGAAUCCUUUGUUUGGCAGCAUUGGUGAGUAUUGCAGUUGAUGUUGCAACAGCAUCAUCAGAUUAUCGUGCUUAUGCAUGGAUAGAGGGUAAAAAUAUAGAAAUUUAAGAGUUAUAGGCUUUGCAAUUCUAGUGGCAGUAAUAAUAUCAACAAAUGCAAAUGCAAUUAAUGAUUAUUAAAAGGAGAAAUAGUUUCAAAAGUUAAAUGCAGUAGCAGAUGAACGAAAAAGAGUUACAGUAAUAAGAAAUGGAUAAAAAUGUGAUAUCCAUAUGAGUGAAGUAAUGGUUGGAGAUAUUGUAAUGAUAUUUGAAGGAAUGGAAAUACCAGCUGAUGGUCUAGUAUUUGAAGCUUCUGAUCUAACAGCUGAUGAGUCAGCAAUGACAGGAGAAACUGAUCCCAUAAAAAAGAAUACAUUAUCAUAUUGUUUAGCUAAAAGAAAUCAAACUGAUUCAGCUACAGCUGGACAUCAUGAAGUUCCAUCUCCUAUUAUGAUGAGUGGUACAAGAGUUUUAACAGGAGAAGGUAAAAUGAUUAUUUUAGUGGUUGGAGAUUUAUCAUGUGCAGGUAAAAUUAGUGCUUUACUUCGUUAAGAUGAACCAGAAGGUAAUUUUAAUAUAUUAUUAUAUUAGCUACUCCUUUAUAAGUCAAAUUAGCUGCAAUUGCUGAAGAUAUAGGUAGAUUUGGAUUGUACAGUGCAAUCUUAAUAGUUAUUGUUAUGUGUAUAAGGUUUGCAGUUGAAAAGGCAUAAAUUGAAUGGGAAAACAAAUAUAUUGUAGAGAUUGUCAAUUUCUUUAUUAUUGGAAUUACAGUUAUUGUAGUAGCCAUUCCUGAAGGAUUACCAUUGGCAGUAACUCUCUCUUUAGCAUAUUCAACUAAAUAGAUGUUGAGAGAUUAAAAUUUAGUUAGGAAAAUGGCAGCAUGUGAAACUAUGGGAGGAGCAUCUAUGAUAUGUUCUGAUAAAACUGGUACUUUAACUCAAAAUAAGAUGACUCUUGUUAAUAUUUGGAAUGAGAAUAUAAUUGAAUUGGAAGCUUAUUAAACUUGCAAUUUGAUUGAUUAUCUGCCUUAAUAAUUAGCAGAUAUUUUUAUAUAAUCAGCUAUUGUAAAUUCAAGUGCAAUGCUUAGACCAGAACCUAAAGGAUCUAAGACUGAAAUCUCAUUUCUUGAAUUUAUGGAUAGAUGUCAAAAGCCUUAUGAAGAAUAUAGAGAAAAAUAUCCUAUUAUAGUUAAGUAUCCAUUUAGUAGUUAAAGAAAGAGAAUGUCAAUGAUUUUAGAUGUUGGAGGAUAGUAAAGAUUAGUAUGCAAAGGAGCUUCAGAAAUGGUAUUAGCAGCAUGUACCUAAUUUCAUUCAAAAUCAAAUGGAGUCAUAAAAAUCAAUUCUAAGGUUGUUGAAGAUGCAAUUGAAAGUAUGGCAAAAAAAGCAUUAAGAACAAUAUGUUUGGCAUAUAAGAAUAUUCCUAAUAAUGCUGAUAUGACUAGUAAAGAUGAUAAAGGUGUUUAUAAUAUAGAAUAAAAUGACUUGGUUUUAUUAGCAGUCUUAGGCAUUAAAGAUAUUAUUAGAUAAGAAGUACCUAGAGCUAUUUAAUUAUGUAAGAAAGCUGGAAUCAAAGUCAGAAUGGUGACUGGUGAUAAUAUAACUACAGCAAAGGCUAUUGCAAUUGAAUGUGGAAUCAUUACUAAUCCUGAAGAUAGUAUAGUAAUGGAAGGACCAGAAUUUGUUAGAAGAAUUGGAGGUGUUGUUUGUAAGAAUUGUCAUCCAGAAAAUUGUAAUUGUGUUAGGGAUAGUCAGACAGCUUAAAGAGAAGGCAAAAAAUUAAGAAUUGACACUAUUGCUAAUCCUGAAGAAUUUGAUAAAAUAUAUCCAAAUCUAGAUGUUUUAGCUCGUAGUAGACCAGAGGAUAAAUAUGCCUUAGUAACUGGUUUAAUUGAAAGAAAUCAUGUUGUUGCUGUGACAGGAGAUGGAACUAAUGAUGCUCCUGCUCUAAAAAAAGCAGAUGUUGGAUUUGCUAUGGGAGUUUCAGGAACUGAAGUAGCUAGAGAGGCUGCAGCUAUAAUUUUAUUAGAUGACAAUUUCAAUUCAAUAGUUAAGGCUGUUAUGUGGGGGAGAAAUGUGUAUGAUAACAUAAAGAAGUUUCUUAGAUUUUAAUUAACUGCUAAUUUAGUAAGUGUAUCAUUGACAUUAAUUGGGGCUGCAGUAUUAAGAUAAGAAAUACUAAAACCAAUUUAAUUGUUAUGGGUUAAUUUAAUUAUGGAUACUUUAGGUUCUUUGGCUUUGGCAACAGAACCUCCAUCUGAGAAACUUUUAAAUCGUAAACCUCAUGAUAGAAAUGAAUACAUUAUUUCAAAAAAAAUGUUUAAGUUUAUAGUAGGAACUGCUCUAAUUUAAGUAGGAGUUGUACUUGUCAUAGUUUUUUUAGGUGAUAAAUUUCUACCUGAAUAUAAAGAUGCAUAUGAUACAAGUGUAUUUAGUGGUCCAAAAAUAAGAUUUAAAUACAGUAAUCAUAAUUGCGUUACAGAUUUUGAAUCAUUAAAAUCAUUAAGAUUAACUAAACUAAAUUAUACAUCAUCUACUGAUAAUCCAGAUGAUUCUGAUAAAUGUUUAAAAACAUAAUGUGUCUGUUAAAAUGAAGAAUGUUAUGAAAUUUAAUGUCCUCCUUGUCUUUAUAAUGAAGAUUCAUGUUCAAUUGUUGCUAGUGGAAGAUUAAUGACAGUUUAAGGAGAUUAAGAUUAUUAUAUUAUGUAUAAUAUUGAACAUGAAGGAAGUAGACAUGUAAUUAUUAUUAUUUAAUAUUUUUAGUUUACUUAUGUAUUUAAUGUGUUUAUCAUGUUAUAAUUGUUUAAUUUCUUAAAUAGUAGAAGGAUUACUGAUGAAAUUAAUUUUCUUGACAAUAUUACAAAUCAUUCUGCUUUCCUUAUAAUAGUUCCUUUCAUAUUCUGCAUUUAAGUAUUAAUGGUUACUUUUGGAUCUGGUGCUAUUGGACUAUAUAGUUGUUAUGGAUUAUAAAUAAAAUAAUGGUUGAUUGGAAUUGGAUUUGGUAGUAUCUCAUUAUUAGGAUGUCUAAUCCUUAAAUUAAUUCCAGAAGAUAAUUUUUGUAAAUAGCUUGGACCCCAAAAGAUUGUACCUAUCUAACAAGAAGCCAAAAUCUCUUAAUAAAAAGUUGAAUAAAGUGAAAAUGCUCUUGCAAAACAUUAUAACUUAAUAACAAGACAUCCAGAUCAAUGA